CCUCUCAAAAAACCUACAAGACACGGCAGCAUUCUGAGCAGAGAGUCUCCAGCUGACAAGAAACAGAAGGUUGAACGCUGCAGUAGUACACACGACUUUGAUCCGACAGAUAGCUCCUCCAAGAAGACAAAGUCUAGUUCAGAGGAGAGUAGAUCCGAGACGUAUGGUCUUGUUCAACGGUGUGUUGUUAUCCAACGGGAUGAGAACGGAUUUGGGCUGACAGUCAGCGGAGACAAUCCAGUCUUCGUGCAGUCUGUCAAAGAAGAUGGAGCAGCCAUGCGGGCUGGAGUGCAAACAGGUGAUAGAAUUAUCAAGGUGAAUGGCACUCUUGUAACACAUUCAAACCAUUUGGAGGUGGUAAAGCUGAUCAAGUCGGGUUCCUAUGUAGCUCUCACUGUUCAGGGGCGCCCACCGGGGUCGCCCCAGAUUCCAUUAGCUGAUUCCGAAGUGGAUCUGGCAGCAUUUGGGCAUAUGUCUCCCAUCAUGACAUCUCCCCAUUCACCUGGCACAUCAGGAAAUGCAGAAAGGAUUACUAGCCCAGUGCUUGUAGGGGAGGAGAAUAAUAUUGUCCACAACCAGAAGGUGGAGAUUCUGAGAAAGAUGCUACAGAAAGAGCAGGAGCGGCUGCAGUCUCUGCAAGAAGAGUAUAGCCGAUCACCCACCACACGACUGCUCAAAGAGAUACAGGAAACGAAGAAGCACAUUCCUCAGCUGCAAGAACAGUUGUCCAAAGCCACAGGCUGUACUCAGGAUGGAGUCUUGUCCUCCAGAUCUGUGACGGAAUCACUGCAGAUCAGUGAAGUGGAUGCAGAGAGUGGGGACGGUGUGAGCAAACUGGAUUACGGUGGUGACAGCCCCUCCCGACCGAACAGUGACAUUGCUGAUAGUCCUCGCAGUGGCUUGAAGGAGCAGAUUUAUCCAGAUGAGAGCCCAGAAAAGACUGAGGUUCAAGAUACUGAUUCCCAGUCCAGUGUUGGAAGUCCUUUAUCCCGACUGGGGACUCAGAUCAUUGGAGCAGAAGAUGACGACUUUGACACUGAACAGGAGCAGAUUAAUGGACAAUGCAGCUGUUUCCAAAACAUUGAGCUCCUGAAGUCUCGCCCAGCUCACCUGGCUGUUCUUCUGCAUCAUGUGGUGUCCCAGUUUGACCCUGCAGCGUUGUUGUGCUACCUUUAUGCAGACUUGUACAAGCAGACCAACUCCAAAGAGACCCGACGUGUCUUCCUUGAGUUUUACCAGUUCUUCUUGGACCGAGCUGCAAAUCUAAAAGUUCCGGUUCCAGAUGAAAUCUCCUUAGAACUAGACAAAAGAAGACCAGAACUCCUUCCUGAAGAGCUUCAUCGCCAGUUUGUACAAACUAUGCAAGAUAAAGUCUGUCCAGAAGUUCAAAGGAAUCUGGAAGAUUUCAGGCAGAAACGUAGUAUGGGAUUGACGCUGGCAGAAGUAGAGCUAACCAAGCUGGAUGCGGAAAGAGUUCGUGACCGGAAUGCAGUGGAGAAGGAAAGAGCAUGUGCAGAACGGAUUAUUGCUAAAAUUGAGGAAGUCUUGAUGACAUCUCAGCCUUUGGAAGAAGACAAGAGUUCCACAAUGCAGUAUGUGAUUCUUACUUACAUGAAACACCUAGGAGUCAAAGUUAAAGAACCUCGGAACCUGGAGCAGAAGCGUGGCCGUAUUGGUUUCUUGCCAAAGAUCAAGCAAAGUAUCAAGAAAGAGAAAGAAGGAGAGGAAAAAGGAAAGAGAAGAGGCUUUCCUAAUAUUCUGGGUCCACCGAGGAGACCGAGUCGACAUGAUAGCAGUGCAAUUGGCAGAGCCAUGGAAAUGCAGAAGCCUCGCCAUCCAAAGCAUUUACCUACAGUAUCUUCUGUUAGCCCAGAACCACCAGAUUCUAGCAAGAUGCGCCAGAGUGGGUCCUCCAGUGACGGAACAGAUACACUGUACCCACCUGCCAACCCAAUGUCUCCUUUGGCAAUGGGUCCCUUUUCCUCUCCAGAGGGAAGCAAAGACAGUGAAGCGGGUUUGAAGCAGACUGGAGAAGCUCCACCUGCUAAUGACUGUGUGGAUGGCACACCUCGCACACCUAAUAAUACCUUUGAAUUCCCAUCUCCUUUGGAAAACCUGCGGGAGGAGGAGGGAGAAUCAGAGAGAAUGGUCGACAUAGGAACACCAAAGUCUUUUCGCAAGAUGGACAGCAUUGGUUUCGCAGAUGUACAAAGUGAAGAUGAGCUGUAUGAUUUUGAUAUGGACAUGGACCCUCCCAACUGGCAGCAACUUGUGAGCCGAGAAGUGUUGAUGGGGCUGAAACCCUAUGAAAUCAAGCGCCAAGAAGUGAUUAAUGAAUUGUUUUACACUGAGAGAGCUCAUGUCCGCACGCUGAAGGUUCUGCAUAAUGUCUUCUACCAGCGUGUCACCCGAGAAGGAAUCCUGAACUCCAACGACAAACGGAAAAUCUUUUCCAAUCUGGAGGAUAUCCUUGGGCUUCAUGUUGCAUUGAAUGAUCAGAUGAAAGCUGUCCGAAAAAGGAAUGAGACUUCCGUUAUUGGCCAAAUUGGGGAGGACUUGCUUUCCUGGUUUAGUGGACCAGCAGAGGAGAAGCUGAAACAUGCAACUGCCACUUUCUGCAGUAACCAGCCCUUUGCUCUAGAGGUCAUCAAGUCGCGGCAGAAGAAGGACUCUCGCUUCCAGACUUUCGUGCAGGAUGCUGAGAGUAAUCCACUGUGUCGCCGGUUGCAGCUGAAGGAUAUCAUUCCCACAGAGAUGCAGAGGUUGACUAAGUACCCCCUUCUGCUGGAUAACAUUGCUAAGUACACAGAACUGCCUGAAGAGAAAGAGAAAGUGAAGAAAGCAGCAGAUCAUUGUCGUCAGAUCCUUAACCACGUGAACCAGGCUGUCAAAGAAUCUGAGAACAAGCAGCAUUUGGAAGAUUAUCAGCGUCGUCUUGACCUGUCCUACUUGAAGCAGUCUGAGGAUCCCAUGAUGGAUGAGUUCAGGAACUUGGAUCUAACAAAGAGAAAAAUGCUUCAUGAAGGUCCUCUAACUUGGAAGGUGAAUCGUGACAAAACUCUCGAUCUCUAUACUCUGCUUCUGGAGGACAUCCUGGUGCUGUUGCAGAAACAAGAUGAUAAACUGGUACUGAAGUGUCACAGUAAAAUCUUGGCAUCGACAGCUGAUAGUAAACACACCUUCAGUCCUAUCAUAAAAUUGAACACCGUUCUGGUUCGUCAGGUGGCGACAGAUAACAAAGCUUUCUUCGUCAUCUCCAUGUCAGAAAACGGCGCUCAUAUUUAUGAACUGGUGGCACAGACUGUUUCAGAAAAGAAUGUAUGGCAGGACCUUAUAGCUCAGAUGGCAGGAACUGUAAAAAUGGGGAGUACCGGAAGAGUGAUUCCAUUACCACCAUCAGGACCUGGCGAAGAAGAGCGUGAAGAAGAGGAGCAGCAGAAGCUCAAAGAGCAGCAUGACAUUCCUGCCAGUGGUCUACCAAGUCCAGAUAAAGAUUCGGGCGUCAAAUCUCACUUAAUAGUAAAUGCUCAGUCUUCUUCACCUAUGAUGUCUGAAAAGUCCAAGGUAGAAAGUCUUCUUGUGUCAGAAAGACAAUUUGGUAAAGUGCAGCAGGCAGACGUGACACUUAAAGAUUCUUCUGCAUGCUUUGAAGACACAACCACCAGUUUACCUUCAUUAUCAGAAGGGCAGUGGGCAUUGGAUGCAUUAAGGAACUUGGGCUUGCUGAAGCAGUUGUUGGUACAACAGCUUGGUUUUUCUGAGAAGGGGACCCUGGAAGACCGGCAGCGCUUUCCUAGGUUUAGGACCGUUUCUCAAGAAGCACAAACGGAGAGUGGAAGUGAGCCUGGACUACAGCACUCUGACAAUAACAAAUGUCACCAGCCUGGAACAGACAGAACGCUUCUGAGAACCGGAGCUAGUGAGUCCACAGCUAGUUAUGGCCUUCGGACUUCAGCUGAAUCGCCAGCUUCAGGGGAUGCUCUGCAGCUGAUAGCGAGAGACCCCAGAUCAAGUAGUAACUUAGCAAGAGACAACAUGAGCAUGAAUCUGGAGAUCUCAAACGCAGAGCUGGAAGGGGUGGGUGCUGAUGAAAGCGGGGAGCAUUUUUUUGAUGCUCGAGAAGCUCACAGUGAUGAAAAUCCAUCUGAAAGUGAACUAAUGGAGAGGAAGGAGGAAGAGGAUGUGCAAAUACGGAUCUCAGGAAAUUAUUUGAUCCUUGAUGGAUAUGGAACAGUGCAGGAGAGCUCCACAGACGACGAGAUAUCGUCUCUAGUUCUCCAGUGCACUGCAGGUGGCCACACUUAUUUGGACUCUGCGCCGCAGCAGCCACUUUCUCUCCGGGACACGCAGUCAGAUGGAGGAGGCUCCCCGUUUGCUGAGGAGAUGUUGGCUUCACGCUGGGGCGGACUGGAAGAGUCCUGCUCAUUUGUAGCAAGCCCUCGCUUCUCUUCAGAGUCACGUUUGCAGAUGAUGCAGUAUAUUCAGAAGAUAGAAGAUGACCUUGAAAAGUUAAAGGAGGUUGAAGAAGACUACACCAUUCUCCGACGCCAAGGGCUGGCUGGAUCAGCCUCCACAGGAGAGCACUCAGACAAAAGCUAGUCAUGUAUUCAGGAGUGGCUGAAGAUUGGAUGAAGAGCAUCAGGACACAGCACCCGCUGUCUUACUUGUGGACUCUGAGACAAGAUGGUUUGGACUAUCAAACGUGAACCAUACUUUAGCAAAGUGGGCAUGGGGUGCUUUUCCUGUGGGGCAUCUGCACUAUCUUGUCAGUGAGGAAGUCUAUUCUAUUCUGCUCCUUUCCUUGCUUCCAGAAAUCCAUUUUUCAGAACAGAAAACCAAACCAAAUGUACAGAGCUUUGGGUGUAGGAUAUAAAAAUGUAUUUAGACAUUUAAAAAA